UCUUUAAAAUAACUGUUAGCUUCCAGAUUUCUCACAAAAUAUUCAAAAAAUGUGCUAUUGGCAGUUGGGCAUAGAAAUUAUAAAUAAUUGCUCGUACUUUUGUACUUAAAACAUAAAAAACAAUAUAAAGAAAUAAUUAUAUAGAUUUAAGAUCCUGGAUAAUGCUAGCAUGGAUAAAAUGGAUCAGUUUUCAGAACUAAACCCACAGCAUGAAGCUAUCUUUACACAAAUCGACAAUCCCAACGAUAUUAAGGUUCAAAAUUUCUCUCUUCAGGAAGAGCUGCCAAAACAGGAUUCCCAACCAAAGCAUGACCAGAAGGAGACCCUACACCUCCCGGAGAACUCCCAAGAGGUGCCGCCAAGUCAAGACCUUGACACUGAAGCCUCCCAGAAGUCGGUGGGUCGUCGUCCCAAGAAGAAAACACGGCCCAUGCCCUCCGAGGACCGAAUGCGCCACUCCAUUGCCGACAGUCUGAUGGAGAUUCUGGCCAAUAUGAGAGACCCUGGAUGCCAGCGACAGUGUUUUGAGCUCCUGCAGGUCAGAGAUCCUCUGCAGGCACGCAGUCGGAUCCUCGCCGAACUCCAGAAGAUCGAUGCGAGACGAACUAAUCCCUAAAACACUAGUUUUUGGGUUUUCAUUAAUAGUUAAACAUUUAAUAAUAAAAACGUUGCGUGGCUAACACAUA